AUGGGCAACCCGGAGAAACUUGUUUACGCACGUAAGCAUGAAGAUUCUGGUUACCUCCAGGUACUCUUCCCGUCGAUCAAUUUCAUCUUCAAGCUUCUGCAACCCCGCCAACCUGUCUCGACUUGGUUGUCUGAACAACUCGGCAUCAGAGUGGAGGGCAAGAUUAGGGAAAUCGACGAGUUCAUGAACCUCGUUAUCGACGACAUAAUCUAG